AUGGACUACCCUGACAUGCCUUUUCCUAACAUUAAUUUUGAGGAUGGGGUUUCUUGCGAUCUUUCAAAUAAUAACCUAAUCAAUGAGGAAUUGUUGUACGACAGACAAGACUUAGGGUCAAAGUAUUUAUUAAAUCUUGCGAAGAUGACCACUGAGCAAAAGAAUGUUUACGAUACUAUUAUCAACAGUGUCGACCGGGGUGAGGGUGGUUUAUACUUUCUACAUGGCUACGGUGGUACAGGGAAGACAUUCAUAUGGCAAACUCUUGCUGCAUCUUUGCAUUCGAGAGGCCAAAUUGUAUUAACAGUUGCUUCUAGUGGUAUAACCUCUUUGUUAAUUCCUGGUAGUAGAACGGCUCAUUCUAGAUUUGCAAUCCCUUUAAUUGUUGACCAAUUUUCAACUUGCAACAUUAGACAAGGAAGCCAAUUAGCUGAGUUGAUAGUGAAAUCUAAGUUGAUUAUAUGGGAUGAAACUCCAAUGGUUAAUAAAUUUUGUUUUGAAGCUCUUGAUUGUACCAUGAGAGAUUUGCUUAAGAUUGUGAACUCCAAUAGUGAAAAUCUACCUUUUUGCGGUAAAACAGUUGUGUUUGGAGGUGAUUUUCGACAGAUUUUACCUGUAAUACCUAAAGGUUCGAGACAAGAUGUAGUUAAUGCAACCAUCAAUUCAUCUUAUUUGUGGGAUCAUUGUAAGGUGUUAAAGGAGUUUGCAUAUUGGUUAUUGAAGAUAGGAGAUGGAAAGAUUGGUGAGAUUUCUUAUGGUAUUGGUAGAAUCAAAAUUCCAGAUGACAUCUUGAUAAAAGAUUGGAUUAAUCCAGUUGAAGCUGUUGUAACAUCUACAUUCAAGAACUACAUUGAGGAUUCAGAUGACGAGAAGAAUUUAUAA